AUGGAGUGGCUUUGGAUCGCCGUGGCAACUUGUAUGCUCGCGUCCCCCUCUGUCAAAGGUAAGUGCUAGAACAAGCAGGAGGGCAAAGCACAUGUGAGCCUGUGUGCCUGGAUUUAUUGUUACAGCAGCCUCUGAAACUGGGCCUUUUUUUACACAGUCUGUAGGGCCUAUAUGGUUGUAUACUGGGAACAAAUGAGCUGUCAUGGAAGUAAACAUACAACAGGGACCAAAGUUAAUACCAACACAGCUUUCUAAAAGUGACCACAGAGUCUGUUUUUGUGUUGUGAAUGAAAAAAGAUUUUUUUUUAACGGUAGAAUCACUCAAGAAAAUUGUGGUUUUGUGCCUCAUUUCCUUCGAAAACAAUCUUCUUUAAGGCAACGACUGGUGGUGGGAGUAUGAAGAGGGGAUACGACACUACAGCCAGGAGGCCCUCAACAAGGUACUGCAUACACCUGCUUGAAUGGCUGAACGGAAAAAUGUCCCUGAUGGUGGUAGAAAAACGGCUUUUGUCGCCUGAAAACAGCUUAAAUAAGAGCUUUGAUUGGUUUGUUUCUGGUUGUUAACUUGAUCCAUUAUGUAUUUUUUAGUGAACGGGCAGACUGUUACAAUUCAAAAACUAUAAAACUUUAAUAUAGUCUUGUAUUUACUCUCAUAUUUAAAGUGAAAUACUCAACUCUCAGGAAACCAGAAAUCCAUUAUUUCUAAGAUCAGUUGAAAUGUUAUGCUUGAUAUGUAGUUGAGGCUCCCCUAUGACGAAUAUUUGCAUCAAUGUCGUGUGUUCGUGAGUUGGAAAUCACACAUAAAUCAUAUUAAAUCGAAAAUGUCAAAAUCUAUCGCCGUUCUAUACAAAGCCAAAGACUUACUUUCACACAAAGGGUUAGCCGCUUUAUACUAUUCUCUCAUAACUCUGUACAUGACUUACUGCAUUGGGAUGUGGGGAAAUACGUAUUUACAAACGCAAUGUUUUUUUUACAAAAGUGAGCCAAAAAGUGAACAUUACUGUGAAUCAACUCAUCCCCUAUUUAUUUCUGUACAUUUUUUAAAAUUCAAAGACCUAGUAGAUUUCAUCACAAUACAAAUCAUGUACAAAGCCAAAUACCUAGCUUUACCACAACAUGUCCAGAACCAGUUUAAACUGAGGGACUCUAAUUACAACCUAAGAGGCUGUGUGUUAUUUGAGAAAUAUACAGCGCGAACAAAUGUCAGAAAUUUUUGUGCGUCUGUGAAAGGGGUCAAAAUAUGAAAAUUAGAAAAUGCAGUACUCUGAUAAGCUUUAACCCUCCUCCUGUGUUAGGGUCUGCACCGACCCGCUUAAAAGAACCACUUAAAUUUGCUUUUUUUGCAUCAAGACUUUUCGACUUCGUCAGGAACCUCUAUUCCAACAAAAUAAAAACUAAAAAAUUCAGUUGACUAAAUUAUAAAAUGCUUUUAUUAAAAUGAUAGCACUUGUCGUGUUAGGCUCGCUGUUGACCCGGUUAGAUCAAUAUCUAAAAAUCAGAGGAAAAACUGAAAUCAUAAAUUCUCUGUCAGGCACCACACUGACAGUCAGAUCAUCUUCCAAUCGUGAAUUUAGGACAGUUUGCCGUGUUUUUCCUUGCGCAAAAAACAUCAGACAUGUCCAGACAUUUGAGAUCAAUUCAGCGCAGAUGUCUAUAUGAGGGGUAUGCUGAUAAAGAAAGGCCAAGAGGCUCACAAAAAAGCUAUUCUAAGCAAUAUUUUCAUGGAUAAUAAAGCCUAACAAGGUCACCUAGAGAUGAAAACCAAAUUGGAUGAUAAAGAUUUGUUUUUAGUGUAAUUUACAGCAGAUUUAAGACACGGGUCAAAACCGAACCUUAACAUAGUGGGUGCGUAGUGAGAGACUUUAUAAGAACAACGUUAUUUCUCAAUAUUGUAGAGAAAAUUAUGUCUGUUGAUUUAUUGUAAAUUACAAAUGUAAAGCACGCUCAUUACUCUAUUUCAGUGGUUCUGAAGUCCAGUCCUCGAGGCCCCCCCGUCCUGCAUGUUUUGGAUGUUUCCCUGCUCCAACACACCUGAUUCAAAUAAUCAGCUCGUUAUCUAGCUCUGUGAUGGCUUCAUAACGAGCUGAUCAUUAAAAUCAGGUGUGUUGGUUGGUCUUUAUAAGCACUGCUUCUGCCUACACCCUUUCAGUCAUAUUAUAUCGAAAUAAGUCCAAAUCCAGUCUUUGAGGUGAUCGGCCUGUGCCACCGCAGAGGUAUAACUGAGGCCCAGGUUGCUUUGUCUCUCAUCUUUCUCUUGACAAAUACCCCACACAUCCCCAUGACCAGAAAGCUAUUUUGGCAAAACCUCACACCCGCCUCCAAGAGUCUGAUAUUGGGAUGUGACAGGUGUAGUAGCCUCUUUCCUGUGACUCUUGUUGCUCUGAUUCCAGUCUCAGUCCGCUCCUCGUGAAGCUCUCUCAGGUCCUCAAAUCUACAUCUCUUAUUGCUCCUCUCAAGGCCGUGAUCAUCUUUGUUCCUCGAGCACCUUUUUCUCAUGACACAGCACUUUGUGAACAGCCAGCCUUUUCAGCUGUGACCUUCUGUGGCUCACCCUCCUUGUGGAUGUCGUCUAUCACCGUUCUCUCGAUAAUUAUCAAGUCUGCAAAGAUUGUAGACUGAGAAAUACACGGCAUUGAAACAGAUGGGUAAACUGUUUCAUGAUGUUCUCAUCUGUAUCAGCGCCAAAACCUGUUACUAUCUAUAGAGUGGUACCAGCAGCAGACAUCCUGAUUAUGUUCACAACAAGUGGAGAUGAUUCAGAUUAAAGACAAACUCAGAAAGAAGAGGUUGCAAAGAAGGGGAAAAGGUAAAAAUAAAGUCUGUGUCUCCUUUAAACUAGCUUCACAUGUUUACCUCGGCUCUGUCUCUUUUUCUGUCUCAGGAGUUUCCAGAGAAAACUCGACCGGUGAGCUUCAGACAUCCUGCGUUUCAGUGUCCCGACAUGAGUCCGUCUCCGUCUGUCCCCUCCUCAGGUCUGUCCUGAUCCUGAUAGCGUGGAUAAAUCUGAUUAUCUGGUGAAGAGUUCAAACUUAAUUUAACUCUCGUCUCUCUCUCUCUCUUUUUUAACUUUCCUUCACCUCCUGCUCCAGUUGAGUUUGUGAAGGCGGCGGAUAUCAAAGUCAUCGCAGCCUUAGGGGAUUCUCUGACAGUAGGAUUAUUUUUAUUUUUGUUUUUUAUUCAUCCUUUAUCUUGUUCUAACAAGCAAAAACAUGACUUCUUAAUCAGUAAUCCAUCUGAUACUUCAUGUACAGCAUCUCUGUAGAGGUUUCCUUACGCUCAUGGAGUCCUGACCACAUCUUCUCUGGAUGUUUUUUCCCCAUCAGACAGCUAUAGGUGCCAACGCCACUAAUGUGCUCGGAAUCCCAAUCGAGUUUCGCCAUGUGUCGUGGAGGUGACUGAACUCCAAUGUCAAUCAGAGUCCUGCAUUUCCAGCUGAUUAUCCUGUUAAAAAGAGUGUUUAAAGGGAUAUUACGGCGUAAAAUUAUUUUAGGGUCAAACACACUGUAACACCGAGUUAGACACCUUGUCGAGAGAUGAAUGUUGCCAACUGCUUUCUUCUCUAGUUAUACCAACUUUAGUAACAACCGCACGAUAGCAAUACACAGCCGUCUCAAUCAAAACGCCACUCUAUAGCCACAAAUAUUGCUACAAAUAUUGUAGCGAGACCUUGGGCCAGUCCAUUACGGACCGCAGCGGGGUGACACAGCUCAAAGAAGAACAUUUAUGAUCAUCAUCAUCAUCACAUGAUUAUUACUUCAAGGAAAUGAAAUAGAAAUGAUCAUAAAUGUUCUUCCUUAAGCUGUGUCACCCCACAGCAGUCCGUAAUGGACUGGCCCAAGGUCUCGCUACAAAUAACCGGCUGCUGGAACAGAGUAGGUGAGUUGUGUUUAGUCUCUUUGCUAAAGAAAUUAGGCAAAGCUAAAAAGAUGUUUGGUGGCUAGUACUACGGCUGGGACCCUAUCUGUACUGUUGAUGAAGUUAGGUGCUGUUCUGAGGAUUAUUUGUGGCUUAGACCACUGUAUAUUGCUAUCCUGUGGUUGUUACUAAAGUUGGUAUAACCAGAGAAGCAAGCGGUUCCCAACAUUCAUCUCUCUAGGGGUGUCUAGCUUGGUGUUUUGGUGUGUUUGACCCUUAAAUAAUUUUACGCCGUAAUAUCCCUUUAAGGGUGAUUUCUAUUCAUUUCGGAGUAAUUUCAGAUAAACUGAAUUAUCUGUGGUGCUGAUAUCAUCUUUAUAUCUUUGCAGCAUUGGAGGCUACGGCUCAUUUCAAGAAGCCAUUACUUUGGCAAGUAAGAUGUUUUAAUUGAUGAUGAUAACUCAGCUAUCCUUCCUCGUUAUUGUUUUUCAAUAUAAUUAAUAGAAACAUUAUUUAACUGCAGAAAUAACACAUUACGCAACUUUUUUUUUAAUCUCCCUUUGGUGCUUUUUAGACAUCAUCAAGCUGUUCAAUCCUAAAGUCCUCGGUGCUGCUCCGGGAAAGACGGUCCACGGGAUGCAGGCUCAUAUCAGCGAAACGGGCUUCAACCUGGCUGUGACCGGACACAACACUUUGUAAAGACUUAUCAUCAGUGUUAGACUAGCUGUGUCCCAAUUCAGGGGCUGCAUUUGAAGACUGAUAAAGGUUGUUCCAUUUCAGAUCCAAAUUCAGUCGACAAAUGAUUCCUAGAGGCCUGGUUAGACACAGUCAAGCAUUAGUAUGUGGUUUAUAGGAUUGUGAAGUUACUUGACGGGAGCUAUGUUUGCUAUUUAGCCAGCUACCUGUUGCUAGGCGACAAGAACAGUGCUGUUUGACAUAAGUGCAAGGACAGGGGCAGCUGGUGGCGCAAAUUGGAAAUCCUCAGUAGACGGACCAUCUCGUUUUGGUCCAGCCAUCUGUGAGCGCCAUGGAUCCUUAGAGGAAUCCCGCUCCUGAAUUUGGACACAGCUGGUUGUUCAGUCGGCAACAAAAAUAACCAUAACUUUUGAGCCUUAGUUAAACUCUCCUUACAAAUUUUCACGUGUAUCAUUUGCCUUUUGACUCCAUGUCUUGGAUUGAUGUGAAUGUGCUCUGAGAAAGACGCUGUUCUGUCUUUCCAGCAACCUCCCCGGGCAGACGAGAAAUUUGAUUGACACGCUGAGAGGUUAUGAGGUACGGUUUUGUCAUAACAGAGCCUAUCGAGCUGUUUUUUAACCCGAACAAAAGCAAAUGUUUUCCUUCAAUCAAUUUUUAUAGAUCAAAUUCACACUCUGUCUCCCUCUUUUGUGCCUUUCUUUAGGGUCUUAACUUUGAGAAGGACUGGAAGCUUCUGACCAUUCUCAUGGGCAUGAACGAUAUCUGUGAUUACUGCAAGGAUAAGGUCGGUUUUUAUUUAUUUUUUAAGUUUUAUGGCUGCGGUUCGAUAAAAAGACUCUCACAAAAACAUGAAAAAUACUUAAUUAAUAUCUGCAGUCUCCUUGUCCCCUCAGGCUCUUUUCUCAGUGGAUAACUUUAUUCACUACAUGACCGUGUCCUUGGAAAUGCUCAUGAAUGAGGUGACGUGAGAGAAAAUAAGAUGUGUUUGUAUUAAAUGAGAGUUGGUUUGUGGCUAGAAAUCUCGACAGUCUCUGUGUUUCCUUCAUCCUGUGCUGUAGGUUCCUCGAAUGAUCGUUAAUGUCGUCCAGAUUCUGCCCAUGCAGACUUUAAGGGAGGUGCAAAAACCCACCCCUGGGUGUCUACUCCAAAGGUGGGCCACCCUUGAUCUUGUUUAAAGUUUUACAGCCUUUUUUUUUUUACAAUCUACAAAAGCAGAUAAGCCAAUGAUUGACAGGAUUAGUACUUCUAUAAGGUCAUUUUUGGUGCUGUGAGUGUAGAUAUCAGAUGAGCAUUCAGCAAAAACAGCCUGUUUAAGGUUGCUGUCACACUGAGCUGUUAAAGAAGAAAUGUUUCCCUGUUCGUAAAAGUGGGGUAGUCAGGAUCUGAGGAAGUGCCAGUUUUUGGGAGAAAUCUUGAAUGUAAACUCUACCCCUCCCAACUUGUUUUCCCCUCAGCUCCUUCUCUCCCCUCCCUCUUUGCUCCAGCAAGCCCCGCCCACAAACAGACGCUCCUGCUCGCUCGUAUCAUUCCAAUUAAAUCCAGAUAUAAUGCAGAUAAAUACUUCAGAUAAUUACAAAUGGGGCCCAGUCAACGUGAAAGUAAAAAGCAUUGGUGCUACUGUAGAUGCCAACAGACUACCAACAAACACAAUGUUUGCAGGACUUCUACAACUAGGAUAAAGUGACAUAGUCCAGGACCCGAGGUCAACAGUUUAGUGGCGCUACAACAUGCUACAGCAGGUCCGUUUGACAAGAAACACUUCUGUUACAGACACUUGGCUUACUUUGGUAAAGGGGUUUACCUGUCCAGCAGAAAGGUUACAGGGUCUGUAAGGUCCCGAAGCGUCCUCAAUCAUUUAUGCUGAUGUUGACCCGGCUUCUUAGCUCUUGACCGGUCUACCUCCUUUUUAAGCGUACGUUAUUCCGCCAGAGUCUCUGGUAUUUACUUUGUUUUCUUGUUCGUGUUUCUCGUACUUUCUGGUUGGUUUCUACUGUCCCAUACCAUAGCACGCUAACUUUGUUUGGGCGUGUGAAUGUUACUGGAGGACAUGGAGCGUGCCUCACAACAUGAAAGAGCAGUAUCCGCCUCACAACCAAUCAGGUUGGAGAGGUGGAGAACAGCUUUGAUUACAGUCAAAGAGCGGGCCGCUCAAAAACUUUAAAAUGUUGACGACACAGAUAUAACAGAACACAGCGAUAUCGUUAUAUUACCAAAUGUCAUCAAUAACUAAUAGAUAUUAACUGACAUUAAAAGCUUUUUUGUUUAUACACCAUGAAAAAAAUAUGCUUCUUUAACAGAAUCCUGCCUACCCUACCUUUAACUUUGAUUUAAUCUCAGAAAUUUCAAAUAAAGGUGUUGCUCGGUCAGAAGCAAAGUCCCCCAUGCAGAGGUUUCAGGCUUACAGUCUCAUCUGCACCAAGGGGACCAGACCCCCGUCGUUUCCUGUCUUUCUGACUAUUCAGCCAGAAAAAGCCAAAACUAGAGCGAAUUUGGAACAAAGAAAGACCAGAAGAAAAAAUUGUCUCGAAGCCGAUCAUUACAGCUCAGUAUGCAACUCAUGCAAAUGUGAUUUUAAAAUGCAGUGUCUCCCACUAAGUGCAUUUUAUCAUGAGUAUAAAACCAAAGAUGCAAAAAAGUACAUCCAUUUUCAUCAAACUGGACUAAAAGAAAGAAGAACGACAGAAUGUAGAGGAGGGUAUUUUUCAUUCAUAGUGCAUCCUGCGUGGGUUGCAGUAGUAAUCUGUGAGUUUGUGUCUUGGAUGAAAGAUGUGAAGAGCUUCAGCUGUCCUAAUGUGAAAUGAGAAUACCAGCCAGCAAAAUGAUCAGACUGAAUUUUGAUGAGCUAGCUGAGUGUGCGCUGGUAGUGAGGGAGUGGAAAGUAGCAGCAGCAGAGUUCAUUAAAGGGAUGAAGAACACAGUUGGAGCAAAAAUCCUGGAUGAAGGAAGGCUGGUGAUUGAGUUGGUGUUAAAAAAAAAAAAACAGGAGAGGACCCAGAACAGAACCCUGAGGGAUCCCAGAAGUAAGGCCCUGAGGGUUCAGACACAUGUCAUCUCCUAAAGCAAGGAAGAAGGAUUUAGCUGAGUGAUGUACAUAUGCAAAGAGUUAAACAGCCUUUCUAGAUAUUUUAAAGGGAUAUUCCGGUGUAAAAUUAAUUUAGGGUCAAACACACCGUAGCACCGAGUUAGACACCCCCUCAAGAGAUGAAUGUUGCUGACCGCUUGCUUCUCUAGUUAUACCAACUUUUGUAACGACCUCAGAUAGCAAUACAGAGAACCAUGCACUAAACCAAAAAGCCACUCUAUAGCCACAAAUAAUGCUCAGAACAGCACCUAACUUCAUCAACAGUACAUAUAGGGUCCCAGCCAUAGUACUAGACACCAAACAUCUUUUUAACUUUGCCUAAAAUUCUUUAGCAAAGAGACUAGACACAACUCACCUACUCUCUUCCAGCAGCCGCUUGUUUGUAACAAGACCUCGGUUAGUCCAUCACCGGCUGCAGCGGGGUGACACAGCUCAAGGAAGAACAUUUAUGAUCAUUUCUUAAUGGAAAUAUAAUCAGACUGAGACGCUAAGGCAGAAGAACUACUGUGUCCGCAAAAUGAUCGAUAUGGAUAUUAUUACUUAAAGGAAAUGAAAAAGUUAUGAUCAUAAAUGUUCUUCCUUGAGGUGCGUCACCCCACAGCAGUCGAUUGUCACAUCUGAGGUCUCCGUACAAACAAGCGGCUGCUGGAAGAGAGAAGGUGAGUUGUGUGAAACAAGAAAUUAGGCAAAGCUAAAAAGAUGUUUGGUGGCUAGUACUAUGGCUGGGACCCUGCAUGUACUGUUGAUGAAGUUAGGAGUUGUUCUGAGCAUUAUUUGUGGCUAUAGAGUGGCGUUUUGGUUGAGCUCUCUGUAUUGCUAUCGUGCAGUCAUGGUAAAGUUGGAAUAACUAGUGUCUAGUGUCUAACUCGGUGUUACGGUGGUGUUUGACCCUAAAUUAAUUUUACGCCAGAAUAUCCCUUUAAAAGCUAAAAUAUGACCAAAAAUGGCAACAACAGUCCUUAAACUUUUUAUGUUUUGUUUCUGUGAUUCAGAUCUUUCUGCUCGUGCCUGAUUGAACCAGUUGCCAGAUCUCCUGAACUGCAGGAGCUGGUAGAAGUCAAUCUGGAGUUCCAGGUACAGUUUCUGUCUCAAACAUCUACUGUAUUUAAUCAGUAUCACAAAAAAUACUUAAUAUAACAGAUUAAUUCUUGAAGAAAAGACAACUAGUGCAUGGAAACAAAACUAUAUGUUGACUUCUUAUUUGGAAAACUGCAUUUGUGUCGCUUUGAUGUUACGUUUCCACAGAAAAGGCUCGAGGAGCUGCUGAACAGUGAUCGCUUCUUCAGGGACGACUUUGCGGUCAUUCUUCAGCCCUUUCUGAAACACGCUGACCCUCCUCGCCUCCCGGUAAUCUAUCAUCACGCCAAAGGCCAAAACAAUAGGCAGGAGGAGAUGACUCAGUGUGAAACGGCACACAGUCAUGAUGAAAUCAUUAAGAUCCUGAGUGUGACAGAUGCAGCCUUUGUCUUUGUUAACAGGAGGCUGAAAAUGAGAGAGAAGUCAUGUUUCAGAAACGACAGCCUCCGUCAGUAACCCUACACUUGUGUUUGUUUCGUCUCUUGGCAGAGUGGGAAGAUCGAUAUGACCUUCUUCACUCACGACUGCUUCCACUUCACCAUAAAGGGGCACGAGGAGCUGGCUAAAGGGCUGUGGAACAACAUGGUGAGCUACCGCAGGAGGUCAAAGGUCAAUAAUCAGCACAUUGAGACUCAGAAGGGCUUAUUAAGUAUAGAAAUGCUGUGAACUGAAAUAACCCUCUUUGCUGUUUGAAUAAAUUGUUUAAAGGUAUGGUUGACAAUUGGAGAAGCAGUUGAAAAAAACUGAGCCGUUGAGGCAGAUUUGAAAAAAGCAUCCCACCCCCUCACAAAAAACCUCUCCCCUCUGUGCUCCACGAUAAUUCCCCCUUGAACCUGUAUCGCCCUCCCCACAACACAUCCCCUCUGACAGAGCAAGAAGACGGCCAGCAGAAGAUCCUACGCUAGCUUCAAAUGUCGGAUUGCUUGUGACUAGCAGCAGCAAACGCCUGCUCUGCUAGCGAGCAUCGUCUGCAUGUUCUAUUCGAUGUACAGAGCUGACAGCCCGCAUUUGGCUUAAGCGUGUGACGACGUUUCCAGCUUUUCUAGCCAAUCAGAUGUGCAGGAGGCGGGACUUUCCCCUACCAUACGACAAAAAAAAAAUAUCGCCCGAGGAGAGUGGGAGGGGAUAAGUCGGAUCUACCAGAGAGGGGUGUGUUGAAUACAGCGAGGUGAUUGGAUGGAGAGGCGGAGCAGGAGAUUAACCAAUAGGAGCUUUCCGGGACGGACGGCUCCAAUUGGUCAAUUUUUUUUCCAGCCCUACACCUCCUCAGGUGAACAGAAUUUUUCCAUUCGUUUUUCUCUUCACUUUGAGGAGAUCGCACUAAAGGACCAUGAUCACCAUAUAAACGAGGUUCAUAAUAAUUACCAAUCUCUCCACUUGUCAACCAUACCUUUAAUAUCAUAACAAUUAGUCAUAUUUUUCUGUAAAACAAAAAAAAGUCUUGGUUAUGUCUUUAUUUUAUCAUUACCGUAUGACUGUAGGCUAAACAUUUUGCUCCAGCAUCCCAGAAUCACUCCCUUCACCUCUCCUCAUCCCCAAACACCAAAAUAGAGACGGGCUUGGGUUCACCCCCUGCUGGAUGAGGCUGAAAGCUCUAUGUGUCCUUUUUCAAGAGUGAAGAGAGGAGAGGGAGAGAAAGAAAGCAGGUUAAAUGUUUGUGAAGAGGUGUUAAAAAUAGGACAUAGACGGCAUAGCCAUGAUGAGAAGCCUAAAGCCUGUUGGGGCAAAGGUGAGGUUGUAAAUAUGUACCUGCUUUCUGUUAUGGAUGUCCAUUGUUAGCUGUAGUAUGUUGUUUACAGUACUCUGCGUCUUCAUACUAUCUUUAAAAAGAGAGAGUCAUGUCUAUCAUGUGUUUGCUGUCUUACUGGGUAAAACUGAUGAAUCUGACCACCAGAUAUCACUUCAUGUUGCCAUUUUUAUUCACUGUAUCUUUAAAAAACUGAACUUGACUCUGACAACAGAAUGUUCUCUCCUCACAGUUUCAGCCCGAGGGAGGAAAGAUGAUUGUGAGCAGUUUCUCUGACCCCAUCAGUCUCAUCUGUCCUCCUAUGGUGGGUCAGUGUUGUUAUAACACCACAAGGGAGCACAAUCUUUUUUUUGAACACUGUUUUUAAGCUUCAAAAGUUGCUGUUUUUCUGAUCUGAGAGUUUUAAAAACAAAACCAACUGGGGAAAUCGAGACAGAAAUGUCUCAUUUUCUGAAUUUUGUUGUGUUCUUUUUGCAGUCAGUUCAACUAAGAGUGGGAAAAACGGAUCAUUUAAGCUUCCAAUUCAAAUCAUCUUGCAGUUGUUAGAAAUUUUAUUCGAUUUAAAAGCCAUCUGGUUUAUUACAUUUGAGUCUUAAGCAGAGACAAUUUUGAAAUCUGUCUCUGUGCAUGUAAGGAAACUUGGACCUCUGAGACUCAAAAGUUUAUUUACAUAUUUCACAGCUCAUUUGUGUCUAUGAAUUAAUAGUUGUGUCUGUCUCUUUUCUUUUUAACUAUAAAAUUCAGUUUUUUGGUGUGUGUGUGUGUGUGUGUGUGAAACAGUUGUUCCAAAUACUUCAACACUAACUUUUCAGAGCAGUCCCAGUUUCCGUCCCCGGCAUCUGCUUUACCAUGAAAAAAUCAUUUCAGUGAGACUGAAAGAAAAUAAUGAAUUAACUAGAAGCGAAUUAAUUAUGUAUUGUGGCCCAAUUCAAAGUCUGCAAGUUGAUUCGAAUGCAGUUAAUAAAUGAAUGAAGAAACAUAUGUUAAUUUUGCAAAAGCACAAGUAUGUUUUGAGACUAAUAUAACUCUUCAUUGUCUGUCCUCGUCUGCAGGAACACCCGUACAUCUUCACCAGACCGAUAGCAGCCAGCUCAGGCCAGUCUCACCGUCAGUCUGCCGCCUGGUCUCAGGCCUUCAUCUUCAUGCUGCUCGCACUCCAUGUGGUUUUGGCAUGUCACGGACUUAUGUAG